AUGCUCGAGUUGUGGAACAAUAAAACAAAAGCCGCGCCGUUCCCGGCAGUCGUGGAUACUAAUGCGAUGUACCGCCUGUUCAAUACGGCAAUAGGAAUAUGUGCUUUAUGUCCACCCCAUAAGGUGCACGACCAGGCAACUCGACAGGACCUUAAUCAUGACUGCUCGGAUGGCGCAAGAGUUUCAGUGGUCACGUUGCCAGCUUCUAUUGCCGAUAAUGUGCAAAUC